AAAAAAGCUCGACACGUCAAUGUAUUCAAAUUACAGUCGACUGUUAUCAGAUGUUAAAACAGAUACUGAAUCAAAUUUGGACAAAUUAAACUCGGACAAAUCGAAUAACAAUAAAAAAAAAAAAAAAACAGCUACUAAAUCAGACAUAAUAAAUAAACUUCGUAGUUUUAACAUUUUCAAAAUAGCAGAUUCCUAUUAUGAAAAUAGAGUGCUUGAUAGGAUUAAUAAUAUAUAUAAAGUUGUAAACGACCAGAAUAUUGAUGAUAAAACUUUCUGGCUAACUGUAUUGCGUAAUAUGAGCAUGAUAUAUGCUUUCCCCUCUUUACUGUUUUUAUCAGGAUGUUUCUUUUUAUCAAUAAGUGAAAGGGGAUCAAAUUUACGUUCUUUUGUCAUUCUUUUAAUAAGUUGGUUAGUCUUUUUUUAUACUUACACAAAAAUUUUAAAAUAUAAUGUUCUUUUUGAACCUAAGGAUAAAUACGAAUUUGGUAAUCAUAUUUAUACCUUCAAAAUAUUGUUCAUAUA